UUAUUGUCCUGCCUGUCCCUCUGUCUGUCUUUCUCCGGGUGACUGGUCAAACCACAUCUUCGUACAGCCAUGUCGGACGUAGAAGAGGAGUACGAGGAGCAGACAGAGGAGGUUGAGGAGGAGGAGGAGGGGACGGAGCAGGUGGAGGUGGAGGAGGAUGGAGGAGAGCAACAGGAGUACCAAGACAACCAGGAGGAAGAGGAGGAGCGCCCCAAACCCAAACCCCUGGUGCCUCAACUCGCCCCUCCCAAGAUUCCCGAGGGGGAGAGAGUGGAUUUUGAUGACAUCCACAGAAAGCGGAUGGAGAAGGACUUACUGGAGCUCCAGACUCUGAUCGAAGUGCACUUUGAGCAGAGGAAGAAGGAAGAGGAGGAGCUUAUCUUCCUCAAGGAGCGAAUUGAGCGUCGUAGAUCAGAGAGAGCUGAGAUCCAGAGGGUCAGGGCUGAGAAAGAGAAGGACCGACAGAACAGGAUUGCGGAGGAACGCCAGAGGAAGGAGGAAGAGGAGGCCAAGAGGAAGGCUGACGAUGAUGCCAAGAAGAAGAAAGUGCUGUCCAACAUGGGGGCCAACUUUGGAGGCUUCCUGGCCAAAGCUGAGUCCAGGAGGGGCAAGCGUCUGACGGGCAGAGAGAUCAAGAAGAAGACUCUGUCCGAGAGACGGCAGCCGCUGGGCAUCGACAACAUGAGGGAGGACGCACUCAGGCAACGGGCCCAGGAGAUGUGGAACUGGAUCUACCAGCUGGAGUCGGAGAAGUUUGACUUCAUGGAGCACAUGAAGCACCAGAAAUAUGAGAUUAUCGUGCUACUGAACAGAAUCUCGCACGCACAGAAGUUUAAAAAGGGCCAUGGCAAAGGGAAGGUGGGCGGCCGCUGGAAGUAAAGACGUAAAAAGACAAAAAAA